GGUACACCUCCGUUGAUUCAUUCAUCCCGUCAACCAUCAAUCAUUAGCCAUCAACCACCAAGUAUAUUCGUCCGAUAUUCUUCGAUCCUUCAUCUCAUACCAUCGGCUUUUCGCGCUGCCCACACACCAUUACUCUUUCAUAACUUGCAGUUUUCUAUUAUCAAGCUCAGCAGCACCUACAAUAAGCGCUCCUCAAGAUGGCUAUGACAUAUUCUAUUCUCCCUUCCGAAAUCGGCUUUCAGGACUACUCGUUCGACUUUGAGGAGUAUGUCAGGAAUGAGGUUGGACUUGACAUUACCAACAUGGCAAAGAAGAAUGGAGAAAAUGGAGAUAAUAUCUGCAGAUUCUUCUUGAAAGGACAUUGCUCAAAAGGAAACAACUGCCCGUUUAGACAUGUCAGGACAGAUCCGUCAAAGGCGGUUGUCUGCAAACAUUGGCUUCGAGGACUUUGCAAAAAGGGUGACAAUUGCGAGUUUUUGCACGAGUACAACCUGAGGAAAAUGCCUGAAUGUUGGUUCUACAGCAAGUACGGAGAAUGUAACAGCGGCUCCGAAUGCAUUUAUCUUCAUAUCGAUCCGGAAAGCAAGAUUAAAGACUGCCCGUGGUACGCGCGAGGAUUCUGCAAACAUGGACCCAAUUGUCGACACAAGCAUACCCGGAAGGUGCUCUGUCAAAACUAUGUCACAGGAUGGUGCCCUCAGGGAUCCAAUUGCCCGAACGGACACCCGAAAUACGAGUUGCCUCCACCAAAUUGGGACGAUGGUCAGGGAGCACGACCAAUGCCUCAAGAAAGAUCAUUUGAGCGCGAUGAGACACAACAACGUCCAAAUGGUGAAUCAUUUCCGACGCGGAAUCUUGAGGAUGUUACCUGUUUUAAAUGCCAGCAAAAGGGACAUUAUGCAAAUAGGUGUCCGCAAGGAAGACAGCAUGACAUGCAGAUGUAGUAGUGGAGACCUUUUGCAGCCUGGAUUCUUCCCUCGCAUCUUCUUCAAUCCUAUGUGCUACGAACGCCGAUUCCCAGCCCACUACUGUCUUUCGCGGCCCCUACCACUUGUUCUGCCACCUCGACUAUGGCCUCUCCAGCUAUGUAUGACCGAGGAUAUGAUAUUCACUUUGUAGUAACUUUGUAGACAUAGAAUACCCAAAUGUCAUGUCGUCGCACAAUAAACAUGGACUUGAA